AUGGCGCUUCUGCAUAGUACUCUUGCGACGUUUUUAUCCUCCACCCCCAAGUCUAGCCCUUCUAUUCUUUUUGAAAGGGCGACGAGGGCGGCAUCAACACGCAUACCUCGGUUUAUGUCUACAACUGCCACUGUCACCGAUGAGAAGAUAAUGGAAGAUGCGCUUUAUCGUGUUCGCCAAGUGAAUUACCUACCUGAUGAAAUCCGAUCCAGUCUUGUGGAUUUCAGAGUGGAUGGAAGGGUGCUAGGAAAAGUGAGACCAAAUACCGCCAAUCUACUCUGCUCUGUAGACGAGAAGAAUCCUGUAUUCAACCUGCAGUCCAAAUCUGGAGAGUCCUGUUUGACGCUCACAGCUGAAGCAGGGACAUCUCCCGAAGAAAGAACCAAAUCUGUCAAUCGAAUCAUGGCACGUCUGCGUGAUCAAGGUAUUGUCAAGGGGUGGCGUGAUGAAGACUAUCCCGUCCGAUCGACCUUUUAUGGCGACACUUUGUUUGGGGUGGAACGGGCAGCUGCUUCCUUGUUGGGCAUUAUGGAAUAUGGAGUGCACAUCAAUGGCAUUGUUGUAGACGAUGAAACAAAGACUCCCAAAAUGUGGAUGGCAAGACGUGCUGCCGACAAGAGCAAAUACCCAGGUAUGCUGGACCAUAUUGUGGCAGGUGGGCAGCCUGUGGGAUUGUCUCUCAUGGAAAAUGUCAUUAAAGAAUGUGAUGAAGAAGCUGGAAUCCCAGAAGACAUCACCCGUGCUGGCAUCCAAGACGCUGGAGCAAUAUCCUACUACACCUACUCCGAACGGAAUGAUUGUGUGACACGAUGCGUCCUGUUCUGCUAUGAUUUACAUCUCCCAGCUAACUUUGUACCCAAACCAGUUGAUGGAGAGGUGCAGGAAUUCUUUCUGUGGGAUGUGGAUCAAAUAAAGGCUAGCUUCGCCCCCGACUACCCUGAUCCAAUCAAGCCGAAUUGUUACAAUGUCAUUAUCGACUGGAUGAUGAGGUGUGGCCAUUUUUCUUCGGAUACCCCUGGGUAUCUGGACGUCAUGAGAGAACUUCGGAGUGGUGAUGUCUAUUGA